UAAGACCGUGUCCACUUUUACACAGUAUCUACAUUUGUUGGAUGCCCAGUUUGAUAGGAACUAUUAUUUGCGCCAAGAAGCUUACCCUGAAGACAAUGGGCAGCAACGCAGAGUCAACAAAUAGUCACGUGCACGAUGGCCAAGAAACUCAAUUGUCACCAUUGUGGAGAAGAAAAAUGAAAACAUUCUUCGAUACAAUUGAUAAAAAAGGAAAUGGCGUUAUCCGGAAAUCUGACUUUUGCCGAUUACUCACACGUAUCAAUCAAAACAUCCCGUUUAUUGUCCUUUACCGCCAAAUUUCAGCGUUUACGAAAGCGUUCGAACACAUUGUUUUGAAUAUAUUCUGGGCAGAGAUGGCAACUCGAGGAGGCGAUAUCGGAGAUUCGCGAACAGUUGAUUUUGACGAAUUUACCCACAAUAUCUGUAUGAACCUAAAACAAGAAAAUGUGCAGGUUUUCAAAGAGGUUCUCGAUUACAUUGCUGUAUGCUUCUUUAAACUUAUUGCUGUUAACAGAGACCAGGAAAUAUCUGUGGAUGAAUACAUACUGUUCCUUGGGCUAUUUGGAGUGCACGAAGAAUUCCCGAUAAACUGGUUCGAAUCAAUUGAUACCAACUGCAAUGGGUCGAUAGGUUUGAUAGAAUUGAGAAGCGCAUUUUUCGACUUUUGGCUUGGGCAAAAUGUUGGUCCUGGGACCUACUUAUUGGGACGACUUCUUUAGGAUAAUGUAAUAUACAAUGAAUUUACGAUUGUUUAUAAAAUCUAUACUAAUUUCUGUUCCUACGAAGCAUAUAUGCUUGCAUUUAAUAAGAGUUUAUCACUCACAGUAUAAACAAUUUGUAUGCACUUCAUUAAAAUACUCAAAUCUGAUUGGUUAAGAGGUGCAGGGUC